UCCACACUUCGGUGCGCUCGUCUCCAGUACGCUGUAAGGGGGAAAAUUCUGACCAGAGCUACUGCACUUGCUGUUUCUUGCCAUGUCUCACUGGCGGCCAACGAUCAACGCGAAGUUGGGUGUCGUCAUCUAUGACUAUAGCGGCCGGCCUGAAGACUCUCGUUUUUUGCCACUUUGUUUUGGGGACCUCGUGCAAAUUGUUGAAGAAUGCGGAGCAUGGUAUCGUGGUUUCUCAGUGUGUGAACCAGUCAAGAAAGGCAUAUUUCCAGCUUCGUUUGUGCAUCUAAAGUCGCACCGGUUGGAAAAUCUUGGACUUCAUGAAAGAGUAAUCGCCAUUGAUGAUCCAGUAGCCCAAGAAGUAACUGCUGUAUUGAGGGAAUGGAAUUCUUUAUGGAAACGUCUUUAUCAAGAUCACAAGAACAGUCAAUGUGGUACAAUUAAAACUUUGAUCCUUCAACUAAUUGACUUUCGGAGUCAGAUUUUGUCAGGAACUUUACCUGCAACUGACUUAUUGAAACUAAAGAAGAAGGUGACAUCAAAGAUUGACUGGGGGAACAGAGUGUUGAAUCUAGACCUUGUUCCUCGUGGAGACAAUGGAGAGAUUGUGACUGAAGAUAACACGUCUGUGUUAGAAUUGUUUCGGGUACAUCAGCGAUGUGCCAAUUCUCUAGCAACAGCUACAAUUACUGGAACAAUCAAGCCAGUUCGCACACGCCCGACAGCUGUUCAUCAUUUAUUUGCUGAAGUCACUGGAUUUGCCUGUAAUGUUGGUGAUGAAGUGGAACUUUAUGUGUCACUGUUUGAUUUAAACUCAAUGAGAUACAUUAGUGAACGGUAUCUUGUAAAAUUGAACAAAAAUGGUGCACCGAGAGAUGUUAAGAAGAUGGGACAGAUGUGUGCUUUGUUUACUGAUCUCGGAACAAAGGAAUUGACUGGAGAAAUAUGGCUAGUUUUCCAUAUUAUCCGAGUUGGUAAGAUGUUGGCUGGUUCAGGUCAUGACUCAAGACAUACCAAACAGAGCACAUCAUUGUACAGGCGACCAUUUGGUUGUGCAGCCAUGUCAGUUGCUGAGAUUCUUGUUGGAAAUCUUGAGCCUGGGGAAGAAGAGAGAGAACACCGAUUGCAGAUAUACCAGAGCACAUCUGAAGAGAACUUUGCACAGUUGCACCUGAAUGUGAUGAAGAAGAAUCAGAAAGAAUACAAGCAAUUGCAACAGCAGGGAGCAGCAAUCUUUGUGUGCUUAAGAAUGCUUCACGGUGCUCUUUCAAGUGUGAUUGAUGACAACCCUCACUUAUUUCAGAGGAGUGUAGCUAUCACUCGGAAACUGGGAUUUCCAGAUGUCAUUAUGCCAGAGGAGGUUCGGAAUGACUUGUAUAUUGUACUAGAUUAUGGAGAUUUUCAGCAGGGCAGUAAAACGGCUCCAAAGAACGUAGAGGCAAUGUUAGAAGUUGUUUCUGAAGCUGGCGAAGUUCUAAAGGGCUGCAUCUUCCCUGGAGCAGGUGAAGAUCCUGUUGACGAAUUCAAGUCAGUUGUUCUCUACCAUCGAAAUGAUCCAAAGUGGGAUGAAACAGUGAAGAUUGUCAUUCCAAUUGAACGUUUCUACUCAUGUCAUUUGCGAUUUACAUUUCGUCACAGGACAUCAAACCCUAGUGGCUCUGGAGCUAAGGGAGACAAGCACAGCUACUUGAUGUCCUUUGUUAAGUUAAUGAACAUGGAUGGAACAACUCUUGCAGACACAAAACAUGAACUUGUUGUAUAUAAAUGUGAGCCAAAGUACAAGUUGAAUGAUGUACUCUACUUGAGGCAUUCAUUUACCAAGUCUGAUAUGCUGGGGAAGGGCUCUAGUACUCUACCCAGCCAGGAGUUGUCUUCUGGACUCUCAUUGAGUGGAAGGGAAACUGUUGCUAUUAGGUCAUUGGUCUGCUCUACAAAGCUCACUCAUAAUGUUGAUCUUCUUGGAGUCCUGAAGUGGCGUCUUGAACCGCAAAAGCUGGAGAGUAACCUCCGUGCACUAAUGAAAGUUGAUGGUGAAGAGACUGUGAAGUUUCUUCAAGACACAUUUGAUGCAUUGUUUGCUAUUCUUGAUGACAACAUGAACCAGCAUGGCCAUUUGGUAUUUGAAGCAAUUGUGUUUAUUAUUGGAUUGCUCUCAGACAAAAAGUAUCACCACUUUCGACCUGUUCUAGAAUCAUAUAUUGACAGGCUGUUUGCAAAUGCAACAGCUCACACAAAGCUCAUUGAACUGCUUAGACGACAAGUUGACCACAUUGAUGAAGGAAUUGCUCAUCAGUCGCUUUUGAAAACAAUGAGAGGUCUUGAAUAUGUGUUUCGAUUUAUUGUCAGGUCAAGAGAACUGUAUGCCAAGGCCAAUAAAGGACGUGGACUGAGUGAAUUCAAACACUCACUUCAUAGUCUUUUCCAUAGCUUCAAUGCUAUGAUGGUCAUUGAUGGUGACACUAAAGACUAUGCUGUUCCUAUUCAGGCUGCUGCACUUCAGCAUUUUCCAAGCACUUUUGGUGAUCUUCAAAGAGUUCUGGAAGUUGGCGAAUUGAGUGUCAUUGUAAGAGACUUCAUAGAUAGCAUUCCUAUGGCUAAAAUGACUCGUUUUAAAAUGCUCUCAAUUCGGAACAUUGUCACUAAUCAUUUGUUCAGAAGUCCUGAGGCACGUAUAAUUUUGAUGCCAAUGGUUGUCAAACACACACAAUUGCAUCUAACGCAACGGGAUGAGCUUCAUCAGUGUGUUGACAUACUUGGUGAACUUCUUACUAUUCUAGAAGACAAAGCAGUUGGAACAACAAGAGACAAUGUUUCUGUAGUUGUUCAAAGCCUUUUUCGAACUGUACUGAUGACUGUUGGAGCUGUAGACCGAAACAGCAGCUACUCAGUAAGGUUGCUUUGCGUAGUGUUUCUAUCUCAUGUUUAG